GGGCUGUACCCGCCGGAGCUCCUCCCCGCCUCGGUGACAUCAGCCGGGCUGGCCGCGGGCCUGGCGGGGCUCAGGCGGGGCUCGGGCGGCCACUCAGCCUCCAGCGGGCUUCGGCGGGCAGGCGGGCUUCUCACGACGGCGGCUGCUCGGCUUCAGGGCGCCCGGCUGGCGGUGAGACACGUGAGCCGUGCGGCGGUUGGAGGAGAAAUGAGGGGAGGCUGCUGACGUGCCACCAUAGAAGCCACUCGAGCGAGGAGGAGGAGCAAGUCCCAACAUGGCCGCCCAUCGGAUCAGAGCCUCGGCCAAUAACAACGCUUCGCUCCCUCGCUGCAAGUCCGAGGGGACGCUCAUUGACCUCAGCGAGGGGGUGUCCGAGUCCAGUCUGAUUGAUGUCAAAGUGCCUUCUCCCAGUGCCUUACGUCUGGAUGCCACCGCCUCCUUCGGCACCGCCAGGGAGGUGGUUGCUAUCAAGGACUACUGUCCGUCCAGCUUCACCACCCUGAAGUUCUCCAAAGGGGACCGCCUCUACGUUCUGGACACGUCGGGAGGCGAGUGGUGGUACGCCCACAACAACACGGAGAUGGGCUACAUCCCGGCCGCGUACGUGGAGCCCAUCAACUUCAGAGACUCGUCCUUCAGCGACAGCGGGAUGAUCGACGGCAAAGAGGAGGCGGCUACAGAAAUGGACCUUCUUGGAGAAUGGGCCGGCGUGAUUCUGAAGCCGACCACCUUCCAUAAUGGAAAUCCUUUCAACACAACACACACCUCGACCAACCCUUUCCUUCACGCGGGUCCUCGGGGCUCCUUGGACCAGAACAGCAAUCAGAAAUCAGUUGAUCUUCUUCUCUUCGACACUCCAUCAGCGCCAGAGUCCACGAGCUGCAUCAAUGGAUUUGGCAGCAGCGUUUUUAACCCUCUAAGUCCCACAGUUGGGACGGGGCAAUCCCUGCGAAGAGACAACCCCUUCUUUAGAAGCAAGCGGUCCUACAGUCUGUCGGACAUGUCCAUCCUGCAGGCGCAGUCAGACAGCCCUCAAAUGUCCAGCAGUUUCUUCAGCAACCUGAAAGCGCCGGCGCCAGAGCAGUUCCAGAGUAGGGAGGACUUCCGGGCUGCUUGGCUUACUCACCGCAAGCUAGCCAGGUCCUGCCACGACUUGGACUCACUGGGUCAAAACCCGGGCUGGGGUCAAACCCAACCGGUGGAGACCAACAUUGUCUGCCGGUUGGACAGUUCAGGAGGUGCGGUUCAGCUUCCGGACACCAACAUCAGUGUCCACAUCCCUGAGGGCCACGUAGCAGAGGGCGACACCCAGCAGAUCUCCAUCAAAGCGCUGCUUGACCCGCCGCUGGAGCUGAACAACGACCGCUGCAGCACCUCCAGCCCCGUGGUAGAGCUCAAGCUCAGCAACAUGGAGACCAAAACUGCCAUCACCGUGGAGAUGAAAGUAUCUGUUGCGGUCAAAGCUGAGAACAAGGAGACCACAGACAUCCUGUGUGUCAGGAGUGACUGUAAAGAGGGGCCCUACAGGUGCAUUCCACACACUUACCUGUACGGGGAUACAGUCCAAGUGUCCCUGGACAACCUGGAGCCGUGCAUGUACGUGUGUGUGGUGGCACAAUCUCAGACCACCUCUCCAGACUCCACAGUGUGGGAUCACGUUGUCAAAAAAAUGACUCUAGGCGUGUACGGCCCCAAACACAUCCACCCCUCUUUCAAAACAGUCGUCGCCAUGUUCGGUCACGAUUGUGCUCCAAAGUCUCUGUUAGUGAGCGAGGUGGGAAAGCAGGCCAAGGCGGCACCACCUGUGGCGCUCCAGCUGUGGGGGAAGCACCAGUUUGUCCUGUCCAGAACGCAGGACCUGCGCGUGGGGGUGUACUCCAACAUGGCCAACUACCAAGUGAAAGCCAGCGAGCAGGCCAGGGUGGUGCGUGGCUUCCAGAUCAAACUGGGCAAAGUAAGCCGGCUGGUCUUUCUUAUCACCUCACGCAACGCGGCAGAUGUUUCCGACUUCACCUUGAGGAUCCAGGUCAAAGACCACCUGGAUGUCAUCCUGGCACAGUUUUGUGUGCAGACCCCGCCGCCACCGCCCAAAACGGGGCCAAAGACGUCCAUGCAGCGUCGCUUCCUCAAAAAGAAGGAGGUGGGCAAGAUCGUCUUGUCCCCGCUGGCCGUGGCCACCAAGUACCCGGUGUUCCAGGACAGGAGAAUAAACAACCUGAAGUUUGGAAAGCUGAUCAAGACGGUCAUCAGACAGACCAAGAACAGCUACCUGCUGGAGUACAAGAAAGGAGACUUUGUCGCUCUGCUAAGUGAGGAGAAGAUCAAGCUGAAGGGCCAAUUGUGGACCAAAGAAUGGUACAUUGGAUACUACCAGGGCCGGGUGGGACUGAUCCACACAAAGAACGUGCUGGUGGUCGGCAAAGUCAAGCCCAUUUACUUCACCGGGCCGGAGCUGACCACGUCCUUGUUGCUGGAGCAGGUACUGAGGCCCUGCAAGUUCUUAACCUACAUCUACGCCUCCGUCAGGACCAUCCUCAUGGAGAACAUCGGCAACUGGCGAGCGUUCGCCGACGCCCUCGGGUACGAGAACCUGCCCCUGACGCACUUCUGCCGAGCGGAGCUGGACAGCGAACCUGAGCGGGUGGCGUGUGUACUGGAGACGCUGAAGGAGGACUGCAACAACGCAGACAGCAAGGAACGCAAGUCCUUCCAAAAGGAACUGUUGACGGCGCUCUUGAAGCUGGACUGUCAGGGUCUGGUGGCCCGGCUUGUCAUGGACUUCGUCCUGCUGACCACAGCGGUGGAGGUGGCGGGCCGUUGGCGGGAGCUGGCAGAGAGGCUGGCCAAAGUCUCCCGCCAGCAGAUGGACGCUUACGAGGCGCCGCACCGCGACAGGAACGGCGUGGUGGACAGCGAGGCCAUGUGGAAACCGGCGUACGACUUCCUGGUCACGUGGGCGGCGCAGAUCGGCGACAGUUACCGCGACGUGAUCCAGGACCUUCACCUGGGCCUGGACAAGAUGAAGAGUCCCAUCACCAAACGCUGGAAGCACCUGACCGGGACGCUCAUCCUGGUCAACUGCCUGGACGCCCUGCGGAGCUCCGCCUUCAGCCCCACAGCCCAGGACGACUAUGCCAUCUGAGCUAGCCCCCUAAAAACACCACCAGCCUGUGCCUCCUGGUGCCCCGUACACCGCCGGUAGUAUUCGCCUUUUCUAGUCGUCCCGCAGCGUGGUGUAUUUUCUAUGUCCUGGCGGCACACCUUCUUGGUUCCAAACUGUGGGCAGAGACACGUGAGUUCAACUGUGUCUUCUAUUUAUUGACUUCCUGUGCUAAUUUAUUCUUUCUGUGAGCUAUCAGGGGGACCCUAAAGUCUGGACAUAAAAUACACACAUUCAUCCAAGAAAUUUACCUUUUUUUUUUUAAAUUAAUUACUACAUAAAUCAUUACCAUUAUAAAUAAUGUAUUAUAUAUAUUUACUUAAUGUUUUUAUCAUUUUACCAGCUUAGGUCUUUCCCGUUUAAGUUGUUGCACUUAUUAGUGCCUGUUUAAGUUGACAUUUCUAUGAAAAAUGGUCCGUUAUAUUAUUAUUAUUAUUAUUGUUAUCAUUAAUAUAAGCAACAUAACUACUGUCUACUUACAACGCAUUAAAACUUCCUGUUUAAUGCAAUGUAAGCUUCAAAAUAAAAGCAUGGCAGUGUUAACUUGGAUUCAACCACAGCAACCAACAAAAUACACACUUUUUGUUAAUGUAAUUAACCACCAGAAUAAGAAUUCAUUUUAUAACAAAGGAUUUGAUUAGAAAUAUUCAUACUGUAUUUUCCGGACUAUAGAGUGAAGUGAUUUAUAUUUAUGUAGCGCUUUUUUCUAGAGACUCAAAACGGUUUACCUAGUAAAACCCUUUAUCUACACGGUAUAUAAGCCGCACCCGCUACAUUUAAAAAACAACAACACAAUUUUUCCAUAUAUUAGCCGCACCGGGAUAUAAACCGCAGGUAUGAGUUAUUUACACAUAAAUAUUCUGUAAAUGUUUAUUUACAUACCUUAAUUGUUUCCAAACGGUGUCUGUAACACGGCAGUAAAACGGCUGAUCAAACAAAACAGAAGUCAUCGUCAUGGACCCACUAGCUACAGAAGCUAACUCUCCAAUCAGCUAAACAGACUCAAUAACUCCACGGUGACAUUUUAGUUAAUUUGUGAAACUGAAACAAUACAAAAAGAACGCCAUUGGAAAUGAAUAAUACUAACACGUGUUAGCAUACCAGCUAAUGCUAACGACAAAUAUGCAUGAAAACACUCCUACAGGCAUCUCACAUGGGACGGUUUAGUAAGUAAGAAUUGUUUUGGUUAUAUUGUAAAACUUACCGUAUUGUUCGGAGUAUAAGUCGCUCCGAACAAAAAUGCAUAAUAAAGAAGGUAAAAAACAUAUAUAAGUUGCACUGGAGUAUAAGUCGCAUUUUUGGGGGAAAUGUAUUUGAUAAAACCCAACACCAAGAAUAGACAUUUGAAAGGCAAUUUAAAAUAAAUAAAGAAUAGUGAACAACAGGCUGAAUAAGUGUACGUUAUAUGAGGCAUAAAUAACCAACUGAGAACGUGCCUGGUAUGUUAACGUAACAUAUUAUGGUAAGAGUCAUUCAAAUAACUAUAACAUAUAGAACAUGCUAUACGUUUACCAAACAAUCUGUCACUCCUAAUCGCUAAAUCCCAUGAAAUCUUAUACGUCCAGUCUCUUACGUGAAUGAGCUAAAUAAUAUUAUUUGAUAUUUUACAGUAAUGUGUUAAUAAUUUCACACAUAAGUCGCUCCAGAGUAUAAGUCGCACCCCCGGCCAAACUAUGAAAAAAACUGCGACUUAUAGUCCGAAAAAUACGGUACAAACAAUUGUAUAAUCCAUACAAGUAAAAACGCUAUGGACGGCACGUGUACUUCCGGUUGAAGGCACUGCAGCACCUGCAGUGAGCAAACUCGUCCAAAAUACGGCCCCAUAGCACAAACCAAAACACACAUUUUGUUGCUUUUUUAAAAAAAAACGAUUUGCAUUACGGCCGUCAGUGAAGAGAAAUUCAUAAAUUAGCUGCACCGUUUUAUAAUCCGCAGGUGUAGGAAAAAAUGAGCGGCUCAUAGUCCGGAAUGUACAGUAAAUAAAUGUAAACAACAGUUCAUUUUGUAUACUUUGAGCAGGUUAGUGUCCACACUUUAGGGACACCCCCCCGUCCAACCAGCAAACGUUCCCAACCAGCCCGUCUUUUGGAUGUUUCUAGAACAAUUCAAAAGCUCAGGUCCACUCCUUGGCUCGUUUUUAGGCGGAACCACUCAAGAAACGCUCUCGGGAUUUCACCACGUGGACUUUUUUUUUUUUUUUGUCCGUCUUUUAAUCAGCACCUGCCAAAAAGGCGCCCGACGUCAUGUGACCCGGCAGCGUCUGUUCACUGUGGUCCCGAGUAAUAAAGUGUCAAUAUUUGCACCGUCA